AUGGAUGAGGAGCGAAAUCGACGGUUUGGAAACAAGGCUAAGAAUUCCCGCCGUGAAUCGACCAUGUUUAUUAAUGAAAUCUGGCCUAACACCUGGCCCUGGGGAUAUAUCAUCUAUCGCACAGUCUACACCCCCGAGUCAGAUGAGCUGUUUCCAGCACCCUUAUCCAAACUUGACCGCUACAUACACCGAAGAAUAGACCGAGGUGUGAAUACACUGGCUUCCCAGAACAAACUUCUCCACAAGACUCAUAAAAAUGUCAUCGUGGAGGGUGCGCAAUGGUUUGACGCCCGCGUUGGUGAAUCAGAUCCGAACAGAAUUCAACCAGUAUCUUGA